UUUUACUCCAUAGGAAAAAACAACUUCCUUUCUUAUCUUAAUCUCUCCCUCUUUUUCCUCAAAAUAAACACAUCCUUUGAUUCAUUUAUUUUAGGAAGCUAGAAUCUUUCAUUAGCUCAAAAGAAAACCCAUCUUUUUUUUCUUUCAUUAAACCCAUAUCAUUGUACAAGUAUGACAAUUCAAAAUAAGCUUUAGGUAAACUUUGUUUUUUCCAAAAGAGCUUUAUUCUUUGUACAAUGUUUCCUCUUAUUCAAGGAAAAAAGAUGUAAAAUUAGUAAAAAUUUAGAAAAACAAACAAAACCCAUUUCUCAAUUCAAUCAGUUUAGUUCUUCUUCCUUACCAAAAUUUUCUGGGUUAUAUUCUAGUGAGAGAUUUUAGAGAGAGAAAGAGCAAAAAUAUGACAAUUUUGAGUGGUUUAGGGAUAGUAUUAAGUGUAGUAUUUGGGUGUUUAUUAUUAGCAUUAGUUGGAGAGCUUUAUUAUCUUUUAUGGUGGAAGAAACAAAGGAUACUUAGUUCACCAACUAACAGAAUUCAAGAAGAUUACAGUAAUCAUGCAAAGGAAAUGUUUUAUUUAUUUUGUUGGGAUAAACCCACAACCAUUAUCAACAAUUCAAGUUCAAAUAACCCAAAUGGGUCUAACCCAGAUGAAAAUGAACAUGACCCAGAUUUAGAAAUGGGUCUGGAAGCAAGAAGGGAUCUCCUGUUGAAGGCCUUAGGAGAAGAAGCUGUGGAUGCAGAUAUUUUGAAGUUAGCAGGACAUCCAAGAUUCUUAUUUACAAUCAAGGAAGAAACAAAGGAAGAUUUGGAAUCUGAGGAUGGAAAAUCAAGGGCUGAUAAAAGAUCAAGAACUAGAAGUCUUAGUGAUCUUAUUAUGGCACUUGAAACACAAACACCUUAUCUUAGCCCUGUUUCUUCACCUCCAAAUAAUAGUAAUUUGAAGGUUAUUUCUUCAAAUUUGGUGAAAAAUAACAAUAAUUAUAAUAACCCUUUGUUUGAAUCAUCAGUUGAAGCUGAAAUUUAUAGGUUGAGAUCUUCUCCUCCUCCAAAAUUUAAGUUUUUGAGAGAUGCUGAGGAGAAAUUGUAUAGGAGUUUGAUUGAAGAAGCUCAGAAAAGUGGGAUUUUUAAGGAAAUUAAAUUGGAGAAUUUUGAAGAAAAAAAAGACAAGUUUUUGAUGAAAAAAAGUAAUGAAAAAGAGAGGGAAAUUCAUUGUAGUUCACAAAUACUUCCAUUGGCUUCUUCACCUACAUCUUCUGGUAAUGAUUUCUCAUUAAGGUCAGUUGAUAGCAAACAUCUGGGUUUGCAUUAAUUAGUUCAAUAUCCUUCUCUUCAACCCCGACUUGUGCGAGAAACUGGAUUGUUGAUUAUGAUUUGUGCAAGAAAUUAGGUUGUUGAUUAUGAAUUGUGCGAGAAACUGGGCUGUGGAUUAUGACUUGUACGAGAAAUUGGGCUGUUGACUGUGACUAUGAUUAGGAAUUCUGGGCAGAGAAUUUCCGAGGUAAAUCGAACCUGGUUUUAUCCUCUAUUUCAAGGAUGAAAAGAGAGGGAUUAGUUAGUGUGAUUUAAGCCAUUUCUCUUUGUUUUUUGGUUCAUUUAAAUUCUAAUUUUAUAAAUUUCUGUUUCUUAAUUCAGUAUUUUUAUAAAACAAAUAGGAUUUCCUGUAUUAUAACCUCCUAAUUAUCAAUUUGGAAGAGUUUUGGGAAUUCAAGAAACAGAAAUUAUUUGAUACUGGCAUGCUGCUAUUACAGUGUUUUUUUUUGCAAAAAAGCUAAAGCUCUUGUUUGGUAGGCAAUCUGUUUUUUUGCAUGUUGAUAGCAAGAAUGGCUACUUGAUUAUGUACAAGUACAACUUUCAUAUGUAAAUACUUUUACUUAAUUUUUUUGAUAAUUAUAAGUGCUUCCCAUAUUUCCUUUAAUUUGUUACAUAUUGUUAUGCUUUUGCUGAUAAUUAAUUUGUAAA